UGAGAUGUGAAGACCUAGUCGCAGAGAACAAGGCAGCUACAGGCCGAAUUAGUCAGUCGGCCAACCAGAAUAGAGUCCGCCUUACUCGUGGCUGUGCCCUGAAGGAUCGGGGCGCCACGAAGCUGAGCCCGCUGCUGUCUUCUGCAUUGAAAGCGAGCUCACCCCAUCUCUUGACUCUGUAGUAUUCUCUUAGUCCCUAUGAGCGUCAAAGCAAACCAGGCAUACUUCUUACCCUAGUCCUUUGGUAUGGAAGUGGUUUAUUAUCGAGCUGGCGACGCGGCAGCCGCAACGUCAGCGAAAUUUAUUAGCGACGAGGGGGUGAAGGUGCACCAAGGUCUUGGAGGUUGGUCGGAAUAUAAUGACCAGCGAGCUCAGUUUGAGAGUGCGAAGCCGUACAGAAACUUAGAGGCUGUACUCAAAGAGCACGUUCAAAGAAUCCUUGGAGCAAAGCCGGAGGAUUGUGCAGCAUGGGAGGCAGUCUUCGACAGAGUCACGGAAGCUGAAAGGGACUGGCAACCCGCCAAAGAGAGAGGAGCGCGUGCAAUCUUCGCUAAGGCAUGGCUGAAGGUUGGAGAGAAUCGGGAACUGAUCGAUCCCUGGAUUAAUAUCAUCCCUGACAGCUACGGACUAGCUGUUGUGAAAGUUGGGAUCGCGGUUGCAUUGAAUUUGGCAGCAAAGUCGGCAGAAAGAAGGCAGAGAAUAAUUACCACAUUUCAUGAACUCCAACUCGCUAUCGUGGAAGUGAAGCGCAAACGGCGAAGUUUCCAUACUGAUCCGGAAGUGAGCCAGCACACAAAGGAUCUCUACAUUGCCAUCCUCGAUGCGAUCGAGAUUAUUCUCAAUUCUCUGCCUGCAAAAAGCCAUCUGGAUUGCUACGGGACCGUGGAAGAAAAGAGGCACUUCCGAAUAACAUCGAACUCCAAAGUUCGAAGGCAUGAUGAAUUUCCAGAACAAGCAUUACAGCGAGUCAAAGAAGCUUCGGAUAUGCUCUCACUCGCUGCUGAGAGAUGUCGAGACACGCAUAUAGAAGCGAUCGAGCGCUAUUCAAGGGAUACGCAUCACGAGGUUCAUGCCAUGCGUUGGACCCAAAAGGAAACAGAGAUCAACACACGCCAAAUUAAUGCUGACGUGCAGGUUGUGAAGAGCGGAAUCGAUGAGAUAUCCGGAGGCUUGACUGAGGUCCAAAGGUUCGCUCAGAGCACGGACGGUAUCCUACAAAACGUCUCAAUCAAUGUCAGAGAGGUCAAGACGGGGAUUGAGGCCGGGGAGAAACGGCACCUCGAGAUCAUCCAAUUAAUUCGAAGAGAGGAGGAGAGGCUGAACCAUUUCAUAGAGACCCAAUCACGGAUGAUGGGUAACAGCCAGGAUGCUAGGAACCAAAUGCUGCAAUUCUUACUCGAGGAUUGGAGGAAAGAGAGAAGCUUGAACUUACAGCUUCAGCAACGCCUUUAUAUGGCCGAGACUGAAGGCUCUCCUCGCAGGGAUGAACGAAGCUCCGCGGCAGUAGUCUCCCUCUCCCGGCUCUUGGAAGUUCUGGUUCAAUCGCCCUCAAAUGGAGGCCAGCCGCCUGAUUACGGUGCAGCAUUCGGGCAGCCCAAUGACGAUUUGGAGAUUGUUCUAGGAAAGAACAUAACAUUCGACGCCCAGGCGCAAAGCCAGGCACAGUCCGUGUUGCAAAAUGUUCGUUUCGUGGAAUGGAUGAAUCGAGAACACCCAGACCUGCUCCUUGUUGAUGCGAACCUCCGAUCCUUUGCACUCCACAACGUCACUCCUAUCUCCGUCUUCUGUGCAACAUUUGUGUUGAGCUUGGCGGAAGUGCGACCGGAGGAUGUGGUAAUACACUUCUUCUGCGGAUUGCAUUGUACCAAGUCCUCGAAGGAUCAUUGGGCUGGACCAAACGGGCUGGUUCGCAGUCUCGUCUGUCAACUUCUACUGAUCUUGCGUCGACGGGGCCUUCUGAGCAUUGAGUUCAUCAACUCGAGAGCCUUGCUCAAGCAGCUGGAAGAACAUGAUUUGGGCAAGCUCUGUGUGCUGUUGCAUCGACUAGCUCGCCAGUUCCCUUCAGAUGUAACCGUAUACUGUAUCAUCGAUGCGGUGUGUUGCUUUGAUAAAGACCUCCACAUGAGCUUCCAGGAACUGACGACCGUCAUCGAAUACUUACGUGCGAUUGUACAGGAUGACUCGCUGAGAGCCCAGUUCAAGAUAUUGAUGACGAAUGCAGACCAGAGCACUAAGCGAUUACGCCAGCAAGUUGAUUUGGAGCAGCAUAUCACCUUGAGCUCUCAGUAUCUGUCGCUGCAUAUAAUUUCCGAUCGGUUGAUUGCAGCAGGCAUCUCGAGACCAUCAACACCCUCCGUUACCGAUAUAAGAGAAAUAGAAGACGAUGACUGGGAAGAGGAGCAAGAUUUCGAAUAA